AUGGCUCCGAGGAUCACAACCAUCGGAAACUAUUACACUCACCAAGACUACUCUGUUGAUUUCUUUGGAGAUGAAUUGAUCGUCACGGUAACUCGAACUCCAUCCGUAAUAAGACAAUGGAUCAACAAGGUCCACUUCUUCAACCGUUUCACCUCACACCCUCUUGUUGUCGGAGUUGGCGUCUAUUGGACACUGCUUUCUCCAGCUGAUACUCUCCAGUUAUGCGUUGGUACACGAUGUAUCAUCAUCCAGCUUUCUCACUGUGACCAUGUCCCCUAUGCUCUCCACAAUUUCUUAGCUUGUUACACGCACGUUGGUGUGUGGAAUAGUCAAGACGCAAAAAAGCUAGAGCAAUGUAGACAUCAGUUGAAGAUUGGGAAACUCUUGGACAUAAGGAAGUACGUUGAAGGUUCAAGAGGGAGCCUUAGGGGUUGUUCGUUUGAGGAGAUUGUUGAACAAUGCUUGGGUUAUCGUGGCGUGAGGGCAGAUCCGGAGGUAAGCAGGAGCGACUGGAGCGUUUACGAUCUUUGCCACGAUCAGAUCCUUCAAGCUUCUAUAGAUGUUUAUGUUUGUUAUAAGCUUGGUGUUACGGGACGUCUAUGGGAAGUAUGA